ACCUGAGUGUUGCUGCUUGUAAUGAGCGCUGUGUCACGGGACAGGACUGUGACACUGUUGUUGUUAGGCUCCACUUCUCAUUUGCUAAAGUAUUUGCUUCUAACAGGAGAAACUAAACGCUUGAGCGGAUAACUUUAACUGGAGUGACGAAGAAAAGAGUUUAAUUAAUUCAAGGGCUUGACUUACUUCCAGGGCUGGUUUUGUUUCCAUCAGCUCUGCUGAAAAUGGAUGAGAACAGGGAGGCCAAUGAGAGCAGCCCGCUUCUGGAUUCAGGAAACCGAGCUUCAGCACCAUCAGUGUUCCAGGGAAGGAGGCUAGCAUGUGCUGCCAUCCUGCUUGCUGAAUCAUUAGAAAGGGUGGCAUUCUACGGCAUUACAGCCAAUCUGGUACUUUUUCUCAACAACAGUCCUUUUUACUGGGAGGGCACUGAGGCCAGUCAGGCACUUCUGACCUUCAUGGGAAUUACUUACCUGAUUUCACCGUUUGGUGGCUGGCUGGCAGAUGCAUAUGUUGGGAAAUUCUGGACUAUUGCUGCAAGUUUAAUUCUGUAUUUUAUCGGAAUGCUAUUUUUCCCUUUUAUUUCAAAAGCUGAAACAAGGACACAUUUAUGUGGAGAAGAGACGGCGUUUCCCGUGCAACCGGCUGAAUGUCUUAACAGCACCGCUCCAAAAAAUGUAACUUGCUCAUGGCGCAGUCCAUAUUGUGGCUCAGUAAUCUACAUUGGACUGCUUUUUAUUGCACUUGGUGUUGGUUCUGUGAAGUCCAACAUCACUCCUUUUGGGGCAGAUCAGGUCAAAGACAGAGGACCAGAGGCCACGCGCAGAUUCUUCAACUGGUUCUACUGGUGCAUUAACUUAGGAGCUAUCCUGUCUCUGGGAGGUGUGGGAUACAUCCAGCAGAAUAAUAGCUUCGAGCUUGGUUACAUCAUCCCAGCGGUGUGCCUCGGAGUGUCCUUCCUGGUCUUUCUUCUGGGUCGUACUGUUUUCAUCACAAAGCCCCCCGACGGCAGCGCCUUCUCAGAUAUGGUCAAGAUCAUUUCCUUUGCCUGCUGUUCACAGAAACCAAGACAGCCAAACUUGCUUCGCAAUAAACCAACCCUGCUUGAUACUGCAAAGUUAACCUACGGAGGGAUAUUUCCUGAGGAAAAAGUGGAGGAAGUGAAAGCAUUAGUGAAAAUCCUUCCAGUUUUCUUUGCCCUUGUUCCGUACUGGAUGGUGUAUUUCCAGAUGCAAACGACAUACAUCCUGCAGAGCCUCCAUCUGAGGAUUCCUGGCACACCCACAAACACCUCGGUGAACAAUCAGAUGAAGUUUACCUUCCCGACCGCAUGGCUUACCAUGUUUGACGCAGUGCUCAUCCUCAUGCUCAUUCCUCUGAAAGACAAAGUAGUGGACCCCAUCCUGAAGCGCCGUGGCCUGCUGCCCUCCUCUCUGAAGAGGAUUGCUGUGGGGAUGUUCUUUGUUAUGUGGUCAGCCGUGGCAGCGGGUAUUCUGGAGACCAAACGGCUCGAAAUUGUUAAAACCAACGGGACCAUAGACCAGGUGCUUGGUAAAGUUGUCUUCCAUGUUGCAGAUCUACCCAUCUGGUGGCAGAUUCCUCAGUAUGUGCUGAUUGGAAUCAGCGAAAUCUUUGCAAGCAUUGCAGGUCUGGAAUUUGCCUAUUCUGCAGCUCCCAAGUCCAUGCAGAGUGCGAUUAUGGGGCUCUUCUUUUUCUUCUCUGGGAUUGGCUCAUUCGUGGGCUCAGGUUUGCUGGCCAUCGUUUCUGUCAAGGGGAUCGGCUGGAUGUCUUCUCACAAAGACUUUGGAAACAUAAACGAGUGCCAACUGAACUACUACUUCUUCCUCCUGGCAGGCAUCCAGGGCCUCACAUUGCUCGUCUUCCUCAUUGUUUCUGUCAAGUAUGACAAACAGAAGAGCAAAACAGAAAGUCAGCGACAGAGAUACUCCUCCUCUUGACCUUAGUACCAAGACCACCAGCCUCCUAUUGUCGCAGUGCCAAAAGAUGUAUUUACUAACGAUUAAAUAGCAUUUUUCUUUGUUAUUAUUUUUACAUCGUGAAUAUAUUCUUAUUUAUCCUUGUUUUACCUUUUUGAUCCUCUUUCUCAUACAGAGGUUUUCUGACAUUGACUGACUGUUUUCAGGUACCGCCGACUGAAAAGGAAUUGUUUAAAGUCGUAGGGAAAUCAUGUUUGAAUGUCAAAUCAUUCUGGGUUAAAC